GUCACGAAGUCACUUGUCACAUCACAUCGCGAUAUUUUUGUGGCUCUUUUGGGUGUGUGCUUUCUUCAUGUGUGUUGUGCUACUUAUGUGGAUUAUUAGGUGAUACUCUUCUUUUUACUGGAUUGUUAUCCUAAACCGCAAACAUGCCGAAAUCGAUACUUGAAUAUGUUACUAAAUUAAUAGUUCCCGGUGGGAAUGAUGUGUUGAUGAACGUCCGGGUGACGACGAUGGACGCGGAGCUGGAGUUCGCGAUCCAGCAGACGACCACUGGCAAGCAGCUCUUUGACCAGGUGGUGAAGACCAUCGGCCUCCGUGAGGUCUGGUUCUUCGGCCUCCAGUACACCGACUCCAAGGGCGACCUCACAUGGAUCAAGCUUUACAAAAAGGUGAUGCAACAAGAUGUCAAGAAAGAGAAUCCACUACAGUUUAAAUUCCGGGCCAAAUUCUACCCGGAAGAUGUCGCAGACGAACUCAUUCAGGAGAUCACGCUCAAACUCUUCUACUUACAAGUAAAGAACGCAAUCCUCUCUGACGAGAUCUACUGCCCGCCGGAGACGUCAGUGCUGCUGGCGUCGUACGCAGUGCAGGCGCGCCACGGAGACCACAACCCCGCCGUGCACGGAGCCGGCUUCCUCGCCAACGACCGUCUGCUGCCCCAGCGCGUCACCGACCAGCACAAGAUGUCCCGCGAGGAGUGGGAGCAGAGCAUCACGAACUGGUGGCAGGAGCACGGCGGCAUGCUGCGCGAAGACGCCAUGAUGGAGUACCUGAAGAUCGCACAAGACCUCGAGAUGUACGGCGUCAACUACUUCGAGAUCCGCAACAAGAAGAACACGGAAUUGUGGCUCGGAGUCGACGCCUUAGGCUUAAAUAUCUAUGAAAAGGAUGACAAACUGACGCCGAAGAUCGGUUUCCCGUGGUCCGAGAUCCGCAACAUCUCGUUCAACGACCGCAAGUUCAUCAUCAAGCCGAUCGACAAGAAGGCGCCGGACUUCGUGUUCUUCGCGCCGCGCGUGCGCGUCAACAAGCGCAUCCUGGCGCUCUGCAUGGGCAACCACGAGCUCUACAUGCGGCGCCGCAAGCCCGACACCAUCGACGUGCAGCAGAUGAAGGCGCAGGCGCGCGAGGAGAAGCUCGCCAAGCAGGCGCAGAGGGAGAAGCUGCAGCUGGAGAUAGCGGCUCGUGAGCGCGCCGAGAAGAAGCAGCAAGAGUACGAGGACCGCUUGCGACAGAUGCAGGAGGAGAUGGAACGUUCGCAGGCGAAUCUUUUGGAGGCGCAAGAAAUGAUCCGACGGCUGGAAGAGCAGCUGCGACAGCUGCAGGCGGCCAAGGAGGAGCUCGAACAGCGUCAGAAUGAACUGCAGGCCAUGAUGCAGCGCCUCGAAGAGACCAAGAAUAUGGAGGCGGCCGAGCGACAAAAGCUGGAGGACGAGAUCGCGGCGAAACAGGAGGAGGUGUCGCGAAUCCAGCAGGAGGUGGAGAUCAAGGACACGGAGACGCGGCGUCUGCAGGAGGAGGUGGAGGAGGCGCGCCGCAAGCAGGACGAGGCCGCGGCGCUGCUGGCGGCCGCCAUCACGCCCACGCACCACCACGUGGCCGAGGCCGGCGAGGACGCGGGCGAGGAGGCCGGCAGCGGCUCCGAGGCCGGCGAGGAGGCGGGCGGCGGCGAGUUGGCGCGCGGGCCCGACGACCUCGUUGACCCGCUGGCCGAGCGCCGCACGCUGGCCGAGCGCUCCGAGCGCCUGCACAACCAGCUCAAGGCGCUGAAGCAGGACCUGGCGCAGUCCCGCGACGAGACCAAGGAGACGGCCAUGGACAAGAUCCAUCGCGAGAACGUGCGCCAGGGCCGCGACAAGUACAAGACGCUGCGCGAGAUCCGCAAGGGGAACACCAAGCGCCGCGUGGACCAGUUCGAGAACAUGUAGAGGCCGCGCUCGCCGCUCCGCCGCCGACCGCCGACCGCCGACCGCCGACCACCGCCGGCCACCACACGACAGCUCUAUAUAUCAUACGGAAGUUCGUACACACGGCGCGAUUCGUCGGAUGAGUCUCGUCGGUCGUCGACGGCCUCUCGGAAGGCGUACGCUCGUCGGUCGAGUCGCGCGGUCCGACGUCGCAUUCGAGUAGUCGAGUGUCAAAUACUAACAGAUUUUCCUGGUUUCGUUCGAAGUGCGAAACCGCGAAUUAAUUGCGAACGGGAGGGGGGCGGCCGUCGGAGUGCGACCGACGUUGCAUAUUGUUCACACCGUCCAGGCGAUAUUUAGCUGUUUGAUUGUCGAAAGAGGUCACCUUUAUAUUCUGUAAUCGAAAGGUCGAAUUAGAACGGUGCUUGCGUGUUUUUACAAAUCGGAUCCGUCGGGCGUCGUAGUCGGGACUAUAAGUGUAAAUAUUGAUUAUUACUAUUAUUAAUAGUAAUUUUAUUUUAGACUAUAAUGUGCUAUAAUAACCGAAUAUGUAUACAUUGUUCGAGGAUGUAUCUUCGAAACCGAGAAUAUUGAGAUCAUAACGGCACACAGAUUCGUUUAAUUAAUGUAAUUAUUUGUAAGUGAUUUGAAUUUUAUUCUAUAAUAAUGAUUAUGUAUCGAUCGGGAGCAUCUUGUGAGUCAUAAAUUAAAGCGCUGUGUGCUUCGUUUUACUUUAACUUUAUCAUGUAGUCGGCCUGUUAAACGUUUGUUGACGUUCGUGGGAGAGAUGCGUGGCUGCCGGCGCGACUCGUCGAGCAAGCGAGGAGUCCUGUAGCACUGCGGAAUAUAUCGUGUCGGUUGGAGCCGACGGCUAUAUCUUUAUAUAAAUCUUAAUCUUAAAAGUGUAAAACACCAAUAUUUUCGAGGAUAUUUAAAUUUACAGCUAGUUUUGCUCAAAGUGGAACAAGUGUCCGAAGUGUCUUGAGAGUAGUGGGGGGUGAAAGGGAGGGGCGACGGCCCUUAUUUAUUUUUAUAAUCAUUUAUAUUUUAGAUAUAGGAGUUAGCUUUCAUGUGUAAUUAAUUAUCGUUCGUUUCUGAAUCACUUCGUUCCCUCGUUAUUAUUGCUCGAUGUUCCGUAUGUUUACUGAUAUUACGUUAUAUGCGAUAUGUUGUGUAGUUUUAUAUCGGUUCGCUGAACGCCACGUCCUACUGAUGACUGCUUAUAUAUCGGCCUACGUUUCUUAAUUAUUCAUACUUAAUUCCUGAACAAAAUUCUAACCUAAAAUUUAAAUAUUUAAUUGUAUGCUUAUAGGAUGUGUAUAAUGUUAUUUUUAAGUGUAUUAAAGGCAUUCCAUAAGUAACAAUGCGGUGGCGUGUACUUGGUUAUUGAAUAAAACUUGAGAAAAUA